AUGGGUCGCGUUCUUAUUCUGUGUAGUUUUCUACCGUUUAUACUUGCUGCUCCCUUCUCGAGCGAUGCGACGUAUUCGGACGCAGUCGCACGGUCGAAAAUGCUGCCAUUAGCAGCGGCCGCUUACGGAAAAGCACCACAAACAUGCCUCACAAAUCGCUUCACCAACGCCGUGCUGAAACGUCAACUGAGCGUGAAAUGUGGCCCUGUUGGAAAAGAAGAUAAGUGUUCUGGAUAUUCGGCUGUACUCAAUAGCGACAAGGCAAUCGUUCUCAGUUUUAGAUUGACUUCUGAACUGAAUAACUUUGUAAUCCUUACCAUUGGCGGUAACGAAAUCGCAAAAAGAGAGGCUAGGGAAAUGGGUAUUGCAAAAGGUUGUGUCAUUCAGAUCUCAUGGAUCGCUGGUGGCAAAGUGUCAAAAUAUUUCAACGACGCUUUCAUGGACUUAUGGAAUGGUGGUAUGAAAGACGAUUUCAAUACGCUCCGAUCAAAAUACCCCUCAUAUCAAGUUUGGGUGACUGGUCACUCCCUCGGAGGAGCGAUGGCCACAUUGGCAGCUUCCUAUAUCGUCGCUGCCAAGCUCGUACCAGCUUCAAGCGUCGAAUUGGUUACUUUUGGUCAGCCACGAACUGGUAACAAGGAUUUCGCAUCAGCUCAUGAUAAACAGUCGAUGUUCUGUUAUCGGGUAACCCACUGGAGGGAUGUUGUACCGCAUGUGCCCCCAGAGCACCUGGAAGGAUACCAUCAUCAUAAAUCUGAGGCCUUCUAUCACAACAACAUGAAGAGUGGUGCCACAUUCAAAAUAUGCGACGCCGAUGAGGACAAGGACUGCAGCGAUGGAUUGGAUAUCACGACGUCGAUAUCUGACCAUCGUCACUACUUCGACAUUGACUAUUCUACAUUAACAUCUUUCAGCGAAAUGCUACUUAUCCUCUUCUUCUGCGGUCUUCUUCCGUGUACCCUCGCUUUCCCUUGGUGGGACAAAGCUCCGCUCUAUUCCGAUGAGCUUGCAAGGACAAAGAUGUUACCGUUGGCUGCUGCGGCCUAUAGUAACAGGCCACAGGAGUGUCUUAAGAACCGCUUCAAGGACGCUUCACUACAACAUCAAGGGAAUGUGACAUGUGGUCCAUUCGGUAACAACGACAUUUGCUCUGGUUUUACAGCAGUGCUCCACGGAGAUCAGGCUAUUGUCAUCAGUUUCAGAGGAACCGACACAUUCCUUCAACUGCUUGCCGAAGCUGACUAUUCUGCAUUCCACAAAAAGGUGACUGGACACUCUCUAGGAGCAGCGUUAGCCUCGCUGGCUGCAUCCUACAUUGUUGCCGGCAAUGGUGUCCCAUCCUCCAGCGUGCAAUUGGUCACAUUCGGUCAACCACGAGUUGGCGACGUGCUCUUCGCAUGGGCUCACAAUUUACAGGCCUUCUAUCUACAGAGCAUGGCCAUCGGUGCGAACUAUACGGUGUGCUACGGUAGGCCAUGCAGCGAUGGUUUGCUGGAUACGACAUCAAUCAAAGACCACCUCCACUACUUCGAAGUUGAUGUCAGUGAGUAUGGCAAAGCCGGUUGCAAUACACCAAUGGAUUCCACAAAUGCAGUAUUGAAGGUCCGACAGCAAGAUUUCCAAGUAAUGCUGCUUGGUCUUGUCGUUUGUGGACUUCUUCUCUUCACACGUUCAUCACCGACCCCGUACAAUGUGACGUAUUCGGAUAUGGAGGCUCGCACGGAAAUGUUUCCGCUGGCAGCGGCUGCCUACAGUAAGCAACCUCAAGAAUGCCUGAACAAUCGGUUCACUAAUGCUACGCUAAAACGGCAGUUAUUUGUGGUAUGUGGACCAUUGGGGCGGAGCGAUAUGUGCUCAGGAUUCACAGCUGUACUUCACGACAAAAAAGCAAUUGGUCUGAUUUUCAGAGGAACAAUAGCUUUUAUUCAGCUUGUUAUGGAAGCCGACCAAAGUGUGUUUUAUCGGAAGAUUCCUUGGAUUGCUGGUGGUUACGUAUCGAAAUUCUUCUACGACGGUUUCAUUACGCUAUGGAAAGCUGGGAUUGGGGAUGAUUUCCAAGCACUAAGGACGCAGUAUCCUACGUAUGGCAUUUGGGUUACUGGACAUUCACUCGGAGCCGCCAUAGCUUCACUAGCCUCAUCCUACAUUAUUGCUGUCAAUAAAGUCCCGUCUGAAAGCGUGAAAUUGGUCACUUUUGGUCAACCAAGAGUUGGCGACACUACAUACGCUAUGGCUCAUGACGAACAGCUAGCCUUCAGUUUCCGCCUUGUACACUGGAGGGACAUCGUGCCUCAUGUUCCACCACUACUGUUCCUAGACUACUAUCACCAUAAAUCCGAGGUCUUCUACCAGGAGAACAUGGCAGUCGGUGUUAACUACACAGUAUGCUACGCCAACGAGAGCCCUAACUGCAGUGACGGGCUGCAGUUUCCGACAUCAAUUUGGGAUCACAUCCACUACUUCAAUGUUCACGUCGGUCAUUAUGGCAAAAACGGCUGCAAUACAACUUUGGAUUCUGCAGAGGCGCAGUAG